AUGCUUUCACAAAUAAUAGCAACAUUUACCCUUAUUGUUUCAAUAGCUUCAGCUUUUAACUUGAAUGCUAACAAUAAUAUCGCUGCUUAUUGGGGACAGAAUGCUGGUGGAUCCCAACAAUCUUUAGGAGAUUAUUGUUCUUCAACACCCGCUCAGAUUAUCAUAGUGUCAUUUAUGAAUGGAUUCCCCAAUUUAGAGUUAAACUUUGCUAACCAAUGCACUCAACUGUUUAGUAGUGGUCUUUUACAUUGCUCCAAUAUUGGACAAGAUAUUAAAUCUUGUCAAUCCCAAGGCAAAAUAGUGUUGUUAUCAUUAGGUGGUGCUACAGGACAAUAUGGUUUCACAUCUGACUCUGACGCAGAACAAUUUGCAACUACCAUGUGGAACAAAUUUGGAGGUGGUCAAGAUAAUGAAAGACCAUUCGAUGACGCUAUUGUCGAUGGGUUUGAUUUUGAUAUUGAGAAUAAGGAUCAAACUGGUUAUGUUGCCCUUGCUAAUCAAUUACGUCAAUACUUUAAUGGGGAUUCCUCCAAGCAAUAUUACUUAUCUGCAGCCCCACAAUGUCCAUAUCCAGAUGAAUCUGUUGGUGAUCUUUUACUGCAAACAGAAAUUGAUUUUUGUUUUAUUCAGUUCUACAACAAUUACUGUUCUUUAGAUGGUCAAUUUAACUGGCAAACUUGGAGUGACUAUGCCCAGUCAACUUCUCCAAAUAAGAAUGUUAAGUUAUAUUUAGGUUUACCUGGAUCUGUUGCUUCUGCUGGUUCUGGAUUUGUUGGUUUAUCUCAAAUUCAAAAUGCUUUAUCUGCCAUUAGUCAAGACCCUGCUUUUGGUGGUAUUUCUGUUUGGGAUAUUUCUUCUGCUGAAAACGAUGGAUUCCUUGAUGGUCUUUCCAAUCUUUUGGGUUCUGUUGGAUCUCAACCGGCUCCAGUCAGUUCUGCUCCUGCAAACACGCCUACAUCCAGCCCAGCUCCAGUAUACUCGGCAGUAUCAAGCCCAGCUCCAGUAUAUUCUGAUACCCCAUCGGCAAGUUAUGAUGACGAUCAAGUGACUACAUUGACAACAGUUGCAACAUUUACUUCGACAUAUGGCCCUUCAUCUACUUCUACACCACAACCCCAAUUCACAACCGUUCAACCUUCUUUGGGUCCAAAAGUAGUCUUGAAAGUUGUAUAUCAAACGAUGACUACAACUGUCCGUGUUCCCCAACCAACUGGAUUACAAAAGAGAGAUGAUACGACUGUUGUAGAAGGUGGAUCAACUAAAAUAAGAAUCGGCACUGGGAUGUUGCUCCUUUGUUUGAUUGGUUUCUUAUAA